AUGUCAAAAUUGUUUACGAAAAAUGCUUUUAAAAAGUAUGCAAACGAACGCAAUGUUUGUCUUCCCUUUCCUUAUCCGCUGAAGACAACCAACGGAUCAGUCAUUUGGCCCUUCAAUCAGAAAGGAUUUGCACUCUUCGAGGGAUCCGUUUGUUUCGGUGAUAAAUGUGUUCAUAUCUGUGACCAGACAUCGGUUAUAGCGCUACACAAUAUGGGCUUCUUUGGCAACACUUCCGGCAAACCAUGCGAUGACUCGUCGGCGCCGAAGACAACCACUGCUGGCAAACACGUGGACACGAAAGGCAAGAGUCGACGCGAACCCAAGUAUUUGAACGGCAAAUAUGUGUUGACUCCGACUUCGCUUGAAAUGGCUUUAAGUGAAGACAUUUUCAGUGAUAAUAAAUGUUUGGAUGAAUCGGACAAAUGUGAGGCCAAACCGUCGACCAGUUCUCAAGACACUGGAACUGAUGAUCAGUCGAAGAGUGCGCCAAAUGUGUUGAAGUUGUCGUUCACGGAAUCAUUCUUCCUGUCCUAUGUCUUCGGCUCAUUGAAUGUAUUGAAUACCGAAACCAAUAAUUAUAUGACAAUCGAUGAGAUGUGGGAAACGUUUGGCGAUCACUACAGCGAAGACAAACUCGAGUUCGCCGUCCAUUACAGCGCUUAUCAUUACUUCCGAUCCAAGGGUUGGGUCGUCAGGAAUGGCACCACUUUUGGCACUCAUCUGCUUCUCUACAAAGAAGGUCCACAUCUCUACCACUCUCUCUAUUCCGUUAUCAUUGAACUGUCAAUCGAUGGUCAAUACAAACGACCACUCGAUUGGUUCUAUAUGUCAGCUCUCGUACGACUCCAGAGGAAUGUCCGCAAAGAACUGCUGGUAUGUGUGGUAAACAUUGCCAAAGACUGUGAUAUC